AUGAAAUGGGUAAAGAUAUCUCCUGAGAGUGAGCAGUACAAAGAGAGAUUUCAGCUGGUUAAUGAUCGCUCUUCAGGAAAUCUCUCUCUGCUCAUAUCACACCUGACUGAAGAGGAUGGAGGAGAUUACAGGUGUAGUGUUAAAGGGAGUCAAUACAGAGACAUCAAACUCACUGUUAAAGGUUGCACACUGAAUCAACCGACAGUGUAUAUGACUGGAUACGUGGGACAGUCUGUCCUUCUGCCCUGCUCCUGCUCUGAACUACAAGCCAAACCACACACUUUCACAUGGACGUAUGUAAAUGGUUCUGAUCACAAAGAAAUCUUCCCAAAGGACCAGACAAAUCUCUACACAGACAGAGUUCAGCUCUUUAAUGAUCAUCUUCCAGGAAAUCUCUCUCUGCUCAUAUCACACCUGACUGUAGAGGAUGGAGGAUGGUACAGGUGUGAGAUCAGGAACAGAAUCUCAUUCGUCUAUCUCACAUUAAGAGAUGCACCGACAAAACCUUCAACAUCCGCACCAGUGACCAGAACAACUUCACCUCGUUCCAAACCAGCAACAAAAUCAACCCCAGUGGUUAAUGACAAAACAUCUGCACCCUCUGAAACAUCUGAAACAGAUCCUCAACACAUCUACAUCAGCGUUGGUGUUGUGAUGGCUCUGUUGCUGCUGCUGAUCUUCGGAGGAGUCAUGUACUGGAAACACAUUGAACAGAGACGUAGACAGACCGAGAUCAGUGAUGGACAAACAGGACAGCAGACACAGCAGAAGAAGAAGAACUUUACCGAACCUAUGAACUUGAUCACAACAUCAGAAUCCACUUAUGAAUCAGUACACACACAGAAUGAUUCUGAUGUGCCGUACACAGCUAUAAACCCACAAUCUCAACGCAACAAUGUGGAAGAAAAGGAUGAUGUGACGUACUCGACUGUAGUCCACGGCAACACUGUGAGAGCAGCACACACUCAACAAGCAUCAGGAGAUACGACAGUAUAUGCCAGCAUCAAAACUAAUUAAGUAACACACACACGAGUAUAUCUGUGAGGCAUUUCCAUUGACUUGUUCGUUGUUGUAGCAAAAUGAUUCAACACUUACACAAUUUUUUAUUUUAUGUUUUUAUUAAAUAUUGUUUAAAAUUAUUUUGAACUAAUAUUAAUUUAUUGUGAUCAACAACAACAACAAUAAUA